AGAGCUCCGGAACAUCCCUGCGCUUGUGCUGCGCGUUAAUGCCAACUUAACAGCUGCUAUACUUGUGGGGACCUUUUGCCGGUCCCCACGAUGAUUGAAACUUAAAAAAAAAAGUGACUUAAGUAAAUUGUUGAAGUAAGUUAAGUCAAGUUUAAGAUGGUUAGCUUUAGGGGGAGAGGCUGGGGAAAGCAUUAAAGGAAUGAAAUGUCCCCACAAAAAAAUAAAAACACAACAUGUGUGCGCUCCCUCUUUCACAACACAGUUCAAACUACUUUGCAGCUGUUCAUUGCAGGACCUGCGGGGCAACUCUACUGGUAGAAACAACAGACAGGAAUCAUCCGUCUUGCUGGUCCCGACACUAACAAGAGACAGACGAUAAGAGCAACAGACAGGUGGACAGGUACGAAGGCGGGAAGCCAGACGGGCAAGCGAGCAGUCAGUCAGUGUCAGGCCCGAGCGUGAUAAUAGAGUGCGUUAAUGCGACUAGACUGAUGCAUUGUUUGGCUGCGACGAUUAUCAUAUGGAGAGCAUUAGGACGCACUUCACAGCCCAUUAGAGAGAGGUGGAGAGAGAGAGAGACAGAUAUCUCCUCCCACACACAGACACUCACCUUCUCCCUCCAACAUGUGAAGCUCCGGCAGGAGCAGCUAGGGAGUCGGUCAAAUCGAUCAUUUACAUCUUUCUUUCUGCCGCACGCAUUGUAGAAGCACACUUUUAGUCCAGCGCAAGCUACUGGGAUGUGGAUCAGCAUCUUUGAGUCUGAGAGGGAGGAGAGACUCCGGGACUGGUGAGGUGGAGGCCCCGGGGCAGAGCCAGGACAUGCUUCUCGCCCACCGAUAUCCCACCAUACUUCAUCACCAUCACUCUGUCAUGGCAUGUGUCGCCGUAGAAACGCUCACCCCGAUACACUGACAAGCAGCGAGGCUGAUAUCAGUGUGUUCGCAAAUUAAUGCUGUCAUUUGUUUUUCUCCGACACACACACGCUCAGGCUUGUUAUGCUGCGUAAAAGGUCAGUCAAUUAAAAUGCUGAUGUUCGGUCUUCAGUGCUCGUCAGCGCUGCACAAUUGAUUAAACGCGCUCGUGUUGGUACAUCACCAAACUCACACGCUCCAGUGCAACCUUGCUGUUUCGACUGGGAAUCUGUGAAACGCAGUCAAUGGCUCCUGCCAUUGGUGGUGGGUGACUAUUUACAUCAUGAGAAAUAAAUCUGCCUCCGAUCCAAGCUGUCCUCACGCGGUCCGUCUCUUCACAUGUUCGGCUGGAGUGCGGGAGUUCAGUUCCGCGAGCAACGGACUUCAGUCAUUAUGAGGGUUCUAUCAGGACUUUUCCAUGAAUAACAUGGCGAAACCAUCAUAUUCAUCUCCACCUCCAUGAUGUGCUUUAUCUACCACGUUUUAAUACAUUUGAUGAGGUGAGAUUUCAUCUUUAAAAUUUUUCUGAGGACGUGGCGGCUCUGAUUCAAGCCGUGGCGCCACGCCCUGAUUUAGAUAAAGUGUCUUAAGAAAAAGAAUUUGUCGUCGCAGCCGUUUCGUCAUGUUCACACUCCGUUGUGCUACUUGCAGUUGUGCCGACAAAAGUCACUCAGUGAUGAGGGACUAGGAGGGUGUCUGGGCGUUCGAAAAACAUGAAAAAAUGCCCAUAUCUCGACUGUAACCUGGCCACGAGAUGAUGCCGGUAUAUGGUAGCAUCAGGUGGCCAAGCUACGGGCGUCCAUUUUUUCAUGUUUUGCAGACGCUCCCCUAGCUAAAAGCCUGCACUCCAGGCUCAAUGAAGAUCAGCGUGAUGACACAUGUGUCGGAGGCAACCGUGUGGUGCGGUUACAGUGUGUCUGCAGGCCGGGAGGGGCACUGAUGGAAUGGCACCCUCAACCACAGUGUUACAGAUGUGAGUUCAGCACCUUGCUCCGUGGGAGGUGGGAGUCAAACCUACAACCUACGCGAUAGUCCACUGGCACGCGGGCACACACACACACUGGAGUCUAUUUUUAUCUGCUCUCUCUGUUCACACUGAGCUGAGCCACAUAAUUGGCUUCCAUCUUUCCCCGGCUGUUUCAAUCUCUCCCCCUCUAAUUCUGGCCCCUUCCUCACGCCUCACCCCUCUCCCCCCUUCCCAUCCUCCGGCUGAUGUAUCCCUCCAUCCCAGACAGUUCCACCGAAUUUAACAUCCAGAGCAAAACCCAAGUUUCAUUUUCUCCCGCAGCAUGAGGUCCGAGCGGCAGCCGAGCGGGAUCUGUUUACAUUGGGGGAGGGAGGCUGCUUAAACAAUCGCGCUUGUAAAAACUGCAGACUCAUUCAGUGACGCCUGAAGUUUGGUGGCAGUGGGAACCGGAAAUCUACAUUCCAUCAGCGUGACGACUAAUGAAAUGUAUUUUCCUUUCGUGGAACAAACAAACUGAAACCUGGCAAACAAACUACUUUUUUAAUCCAUAAACAAACGCCACUAUGCGGCUGCGAGGAGCUCGCACAAAUAUUUGAUGGAACGGCUUCUCUGCUGUCGGUGUUUGCCGUGUUGGCACAGGUAAACAUGAUGUUUACUGAUGAGAAGGAGAAGAUGGUGGCUCUGCAGAGGGAGCGGCGGGAGAGCGAGAGUGAAGGAGGGAACAGAUGGAUGUGGGCCAGCAGAUGGAGGAGAGUCACAGAGAUGGAGGCGGGGGUCUCGGGGGUGAGAGAUUAGAACUCGGAUUAAUUCAUCACCAGACCGGAUGGGAUAUUUCUCCAGAACAGAUCCCACCUGUUGGCAGAGAGGUGGCGCUCCCUCGCCCCCUCCAGACUCUGUAGAAUCAUGUCCAUGUGUGUUGCAAGGUGUGCAGAGAUGUAGAAAUCCAGGAACAAAUUUAAAUAAAACCCACAGUUGGAAUGAAAAGUAGGUAAAAUGCUGAGUGCAGGAAUAAAAAAAAAUCUAUUUGUGAAAGUGAAAAAAAUAAAUCAGAAGUAGUGUCAGUUUUUAGCCUAAAAAAAGCUUGAGUGUAAGCAACGUAGCCGGGAGACCCACAUGCACCAUGCUUUAAGAGCAGCCAGUAUGAAAUAAAUAAAUAGAUGUACAUGCUAAAUAAAAACUGAUCCAUCUUUUUCUUUUUUCAUGGUGUUUUGUGAGGUAUUUUCCGGGCGUGUUGCAAGCGCUUGUUGUUUUCUUACGGAGCUCCUCACAAGGGCGGAGACUGAGAGGUAAAGACAUUUGGCAUCAUACAUGACUUCAUCUCAACAAGAAAGGGGGGAAGAUGAUGCCACGCAUGCCACGAAGAAGGGGUGCUGAAAAGAGACUUAAGUCAUUGGUGGAAUUGACGACAAAGUCGCAGCGAUUGGAAAAAAACUGCAGCGCGUUGCAGAACUUGCGGGGAUUGGUUGGAGUUGGAACGGAGGAGUUGAGAUCGCAACAUCGCCAUCUCCUGGAGGGAAUGAAUGAACAACAAAAUGUUACCAGUUGGAAAACAAAUUAAAGUUUCAAAAAGUUAGAGAACAAAGGUGAAAGAUGACGCCUAAAAACCCCAAAAGAAACCAAAACAGAAAAAAAUUGAAGACAGAAUAAACAACUUUGGUCACAUUUGAACAAGGCUUCUGAGAAAAGACAUCCAACCCAACCCCCAUGAAAAAGUCAAUCAGACAAAAUAAAAUAAAUCCAAAAAUGUUGAACCAAAACAAUUUCCAUAAAAGAGUUCACAUAACUAUGUGGCUAACUUCUGUGGGACUAAUAAAUAUAAUGUAAUACAAUACAAUACAAUACACUAGAGUACAAAACAAUACAAUAUAAUACAAUAAUCUAAACAAUGAGCUAAAAUCAAGGACAGUAAAAUCCACCUCCCAACAAAGUUGAGCGUUUCUUUCAAAAUGUAAAUAAAAAUAACUUAAUUAAAGGAAGGAUGAAGUAAAACAAACCUCUUAAAUGAAGAAAACAAAACAAAAAAAACAAACAACAAAAAUAUAGAUUGGAGAUGAUGAUGUGAAAAAUGUGUCCCAGAGACUCAAAUCAGAUAAAAGCAAAAGGUGAAAAAUCCCCAGAGACAGCGAGUCACUCAGGAUGUGUCAUCAGGAAGACUUCCUGUGGGACAAGGCCGAGAGCUUCAUGAGCUCGACCACGCGACCUGGACCAGACCGCGUCCAUCAGCCGGACCCCUGCUCUCCAUCGGGGACAGGAAGUGGUGUUGUGGGUGGAGAAGCCUUAUGACGCUCAUGGUCCUCAAUCAUUCAUGAGUCACCUUUGCAUGAGUGAACAUUUUGAAAGCCACUUUUCGUGGUUAAACUGAGCUGCCGAGGUUUUGCUGCUGAGUUCUCACGCAGCGACAAAUCGGUGUAAGAAAAUGUAUUAAAUAUACAUUAACUAUGAAGUAAAAUGACAUUUGUUUCAAAAAUAAGGAAUAAAUACACACAUUAAUAACAAAAAAAAAAAAAAUCAGUGGCAGGAAAAACAGUUGAUGUUGAGAAAAUAGGAAAAGUAUCUGCCUGAUAGAAAAAGUUUUAAUUGCGUAGAAAUAAAGACAAAAACAGUUUUCAUAAAGGAGAUAAACACCCGGGGAUAAAAGUGAAAUGAACAAUAAUAAUUACUUGAAUAAAAAUGAAAGCAAGCUCUGAACAAAUGACAGAAAUAAAGAGCUGCGGAGGUGGCAUGAUUGUCAACAGAAACACUCUAUUGUUAAAGUGUUGGAAAAUAAAUAAACAAUAUAAAAUGCAAAGUGUUUUGUAUUGUUUCAUUCUCUCAAUGAACGGAUUAAACCCACCAUCUAAACUUCACUGAACACAAGCUGAACGUGGCUCGGUUUUCUUGACAAAUUAAAAUGACGGGGUUACCUAAUGUAACCCACAUUCUCUGAAGUGUGUGAAGCCUCAUCCAAUAGGGAGGAGAAGGAGCAGUUCUGCCUCGUGGCCUGACUGACAGCUCCCGGAAAUGAGUCCAGAUGCGCUAUGAGCUACAGCAGAAGAUGGCUGCUCGUCCAAAACAAUACACUUUUGCUUGGUUAACCUCUUGGUAGCUCUCAAACCCAAAGGUUUUUGUUUUUCGUCUGUGCUCCUGACUUGGUGUGUGCACAUUAAGCAAGUGGCUGUUUUGUUGUCAUGUGACAUUAUUGCCAUAUGACCGCCGUCGUGGCGUCUUGCUAACUCUCCGGGGAAGUGAGCGAAACUGUUUCGCUUUGUCAUUUCUGCAACGCGAUGCACCAUUUCAAGGAGUAAUGACGUUACUUAUCAUGUAUGAAUAGAAGUAGUCAAUAACUGUGGAGUGUAUUUGUCCGAUUGAUCGGUCAAAAAACUCCAAAGAGGAAGAAUGUGCAGCCCAAAAAUCGUUGAAACAAUAAAUCUUUGGUACGACAGAACAAUCCGAAGUCUCUUUCGUCCAUUCCGAUGAUUUGAUCAUCGACGAGAGUCCCAGCGGAAGCUUCGGGACUCAGAAACAGGAGAAGCUGCCCAUCGAUCCGGGAUCACUUCCCUCCUCCUUGACCGUGUCCCCAGCUGCAGGUCAAUGGAUUCCCCCGACGCGUUUGAGAUGGCGGCUCAUGAAUCAAACUGCAGAGAGAGAUUUUUUCUUUCACAAACGCCUGCUCCUUUUAAGUGAUAUAUGUGUAUUGGCGGCCAGCAGGGGGAGCCACUCCUGCGAGGCACCGCCCACUCAUGGCUCUUUUUAAAAUAUGUUGCUCCUAGCUUCCAAACCUCUCCAUGUUGGCGGAGACUUGUUGGGCAGCUGAUCCUCGUCCCUCUGGAGGUGCGUUCGAGCCAUCGCAUCCGAAAAAGGUCGAAUUGUCACUGAUUCUCAAGAUCAGAGGUCUGAAGGAUUCAAGGAUUUCAAAACUAUUUUUCCUUGGCAUUUUGAGUAGGAAUGAGGACAGUCCCUCCAGGAGAUGGCGAUGUUGUGACUGCAACUAUGAAGGCAGUUCCAACCAAUCCCUGCCAGUUCUGCCAGGCAUCUCUGCUUCCAUUCUGCUUCUGCACGUGGUCCACGCCCCGCACCUCUUCUGACACCUGUCAACUCCAAUUUCUUCCUCUCCGUCAAUCAUCUCCGGUCCAUUCCUUCACCUUCAUCUCCCGGGCUAUUUUUUCACGUCUUUAUUGAUCUCUUGCCUUCACUUGACCUCCUCCAGACCCUCUCUCCCAUUCAUCUCCUCCACCCCCUCUCCCUCCCUACUGUCACCCCUUCACCUCCAUCGGUGUCCAUCAGCGAGAGCUACAAUCUUCAUCAUCGGGGGCUCCUGAGCUCUCUGAAGAGCUCCGCCUCCUCACCUGGCUCUGACCCGUCGUCCCUCCGGGGACCAGCUGUUGAUUCUGAGGCAGUAAUGAUCCUCACGCUCUCCGGCGCUGAUGGAGUCCGCGCUGCUGUCUGGAAACAAGUGGAUGGAGGCCGCCGCGGACCGACCCCAUUAGAGGCGUCGCCUCGCUCUGACUAAUGGCUGUUGUCUGAGUCCAAAGCCUGAGCCCAGACAGAACACGAUACUUCAGUGCAUUCUGCCGGUCUAUUUAGGGCGACUGUGGUCGAUGUGACAUGAUGACCUCAAAGGUCGUUGUUUUCUUCACCAUCCAGAUAAGGCUAUAUAUAAGAUUUCAUUUUUUACUUGUUAAUUCAUUUUGUUUAUCAUCUUUUUUAGGUUAGAUUUUUUUUAUUUUUGUGCGUUUGUUCUUUUUUUUAAUCUCUUUUAUUUAUUCAUUUUAUGUAUUCAUUUACUUAUGUUUUCCAAAAAAUCGAACAAAAUCUAGUUUUGGAUACAAUAUUUUCUUUUUUUUUUUUAACUUGUUUUUUUAUUUAUUAAUUGUUUAAUUUCAUUUGAGUCAUUUUUAUUUAUUUUUCUGACUAUUUUUUAAAAUGUAUUUUUCAAUUUCCCUUUUUCAUUUUUAUUUUUUUUGACAGUGUUUUUUUUUUUUCAUCAACCAUUUGUUAAGAGUUGCUGCUCUGUACCACGCCACUGUUACCAGAUCAGAGCAUGACAGUGCCUCUACAGUCCUGGAGCAUGUACUACAUGGUUGCGAUCCUUACCUGAGAAUCCGUGUGGAUGGUUUUACAGACCACUUUUUGAAAGGUGAUGAGUUUUUUUACGAGACGUUUGGAGCAAACUCACCGAUAGAUAGUUUGGGUCGUUUUUAAUUAACCUUCAUUUUCAUUCUUUACUUUUUUAAAGUCAAUUAUUGUCUCCUUUGGACGCUGUUCAUCAUUGUUUUGUUCCCUCUUCUUCCUUUUUCCUUUUUAAGUGACAUUGCUUAGGUUAAGUUAUGAGCGCUAGGUUAGCUUGUGCUAAUCAGAGAGUAUAGUAUAAUUUUGAGAAAAUAAUUUACAACAAUAAGUUUCUGUUUUUAACACUUUACUUACCUACCGUUGAAGUGGCAACAAUGCUAAUGUUGCUACCAUUAAACCCAACUGUAGGGAAAGAAGUUCCUCAUCUGGCAGCCGCUGAAAUGCUAGCAUGCCAGGAUUCAGGAAAAGCUUCCUCUAGUGAGCUCCAAUAAACAUCGAUGAAAUAUUGAAGCCGUUCUUUGAUGACUAAUUAACGCUCUCUGAAACAUUUAGUUGCUCACGAAUAAUUCAUCCACAAAUUUACUCAUCAAUUAAUCAUCAAUCGGAGGCGAGAAAGGCAACAAAUAUAUCCCGCCGCCAGCUUCUCAGGAGUCCUGUUCCUCUCAGAGGAACCUAAACAAGAGUGUAUGGACGGUGACAGACCUGUAAACACGCACAACAUCUUCGUGUAACCCAGUCACCACUUGGAGUGGAAGUGGCUCAGAAGUCACUCAUGCUAACACAUUAAACAGGCUUCAUUUCGUCAUUCUGUUAGUGAAGCAGAAGGUCCUCAGUGGUGGAGGAGCUUCCUCACUGGUGAAGGAACGAAGGAUGUGGAAAAAGAACUGAGACAGAGAAGCUCAGUCCUCCAGAAGAGACGCAGAGGAGAUCUGUUCUGCCUGAGAAGGUGGAGGGCGGGUUCUGAGGAAAGGGAAGCCUGUGCUUCUUCACGCCAGCAGCUGCCUCAGCAACCUAGCACGGCGUAAAGUCAAGAUGAAGCAGCUUCAUCUACCAAUGUAGCUGGCACCGUAGCUAAAACGCUGAGCUAAAUAUACUGUCAUGAGCAGUAUUGAUGGCAAGCGUGUCUGUGUGUGUGUGCGAGAGAUAAAUGGAGCUCUCUAUUCUCCUCUAAUGGCUUUGAAAGCGGCCGCUGGUGUCGACUCUGUCAGUAAACGUUCACACGUUGCUUUAAGAGCGACGCUCGAUGUCGAUAUCUCAUUGGAGAUAACAAGAGCAAAGCUGUGGCGACGCGCCACUAAGGAUCUUCACACACUCGGUAGCUCCUGCGCCCCCUGUUUGGGAAGGGAAACUGAGCCUAGAACUCAAGUCCUGAUCCUGGUUUGUGGACAUCCGUCUCUCAUUACAUGAAGGCUUCUGCCUCUCAUUGUUUCCUGUGAAUUUAAAACCCAUCAGAUAUCGUUUUAUUAUUAAUAGAUAGCAGAUACUACACACAACUGCACUGCAUUGCAUCACAUUUGAUACAGCAGCAAGGGCUAUAAAUGAAUUCUACAUCAUACACAGAUAAUUUUACAACCAUCUAGGGUCAGAAUUCUGAAAUCUAACAUCUUUUUCUUUAUUUUUCUAUGUUUACUCUAAAUUCAAGGACAAAAUGGUCUGAAUAUUUGAAGAUUGUACUAAAAUGUUGCAUUGUGAUAAGAUAUUAUUCUUAAUAUUAAACUUAUUAAAUGAAAAGAAAGUUCCAAAAAUGAGUUUACAGAUUUAUUUAUUCAUUUACUUUGCAAAUAAAUAACUUACUUUUACUUCUUUAGUUUCUCGUGGGUCAUAUGGGCAGCGAUGAAAUGUUAAAAUUCAAAUAUAUAUCACCAGAAUCAUCAUUAAAAGUAAUGAAAUGGGUCAUUUGUUUCUCCAGCUAGACAUAUUUUCUUCACAAAUGUAUGAAAUCCAUAUGCAAAAACAUGUAAACAUGUUGGCGCUAAAUUCAUGCCAGUGCAGGAGUGACUCCCAAACAUACUCAAUUGAAACGAACAUCCUCACAACUCCAAAACUAUUGAAUUAAAGAACAGUUUUUUUCCCUAUGAAUUUGCAUUCACUUCUGCUAAACACAUUUUCCGUCCGACACUUUAAUGGAGCUCAUUUUAAUAAAACCACUUCCCCUGCAGCGCUGUGUUGGAAUUCAAACAACAAUAUUGAUAAUUAAACUCGUCUCAAACCCCGAAUCUUAAACUAUCAGUGAGGGAAGUUCCUUGGGCUGCUCCUGGUGUGGCAGUCCAUCAGCCCCGGAGCUCUGCUGGAACUGUAGGAUUGCUUAUGGUGGAAAGUGGCAUCCCGGCACUUCCCUGGAUGAGAGGAGGAAUUUGGAAUCUCCAGUUUCACCUGUUGUGACAGAUCCUGGGUUGUAAUCUGAUGCUGGUCUGGAGUUCAGGUGGGAUCCAAACCAAACCCUCCAUUUCACCGCCACCUGUCGUUGGCCUUCAGGACACUGUGGCGGCAAUGGACGGAGGGAGGGAUACACAGUUGGAUCAGAAGUAGAUACAUGAACGACUGAGUUUAUUUACUGACAUGUUGAUGGAUGGAUCGAUGCCUGAGUGGAUGCACCAUGCACCAUGCACAGAUGGGCUUGAAAAGAUGUUGGAAUGAUGAAGAUAGAAUGAUGGAUAGAAGGAAAACGAUAAGUUCCGGGAUCCGACUGAUGGCAGUAGUGGAAAGGAAUAAAUGGAUUAAGAUGGGAUGGAUGGUUGAAAUGAAAUCUGGACUGAAGUAAGUGGAACAUUGACGUUGGAAUUCCCCCCGAGCCUCGACAUGUUGAUGCUCUCUAAGUUCCUCUUCUCUUCCAGAGUCCUCAGGCAGACUCCGUAAUGACUCUGUAAUGAGCGGACCCCCGGGAGCCGCCGUCUCCCCAUGCAUCACCUGUCUUCGCAAAGGCGUGCGGCAGCAACAGACUGUGGCGCUGCGAGGAACCCGAACGCUGCUUCAGUGGCGCAUUUAAACUGCCCAGUUGGAGACGUUUAAUCAUCGAUAUUGGUGUUUGACUGGAGACUCGGAGCUGUGUGCAAAGUGGUUUUAUUUAAAUGAACUUCAGGAAAGUGUUGGACAGAGAAUGUGUGAACUCUUCCGUGAAGGAUCAGAGAGAGUGGCGCCACAGUCUGGUUCCAGCCCCCCACAUUCACCUUCUUCCUCCUCAGUCACACCUUUAUCAUCCAUCAUGAACCUCACUGUUGUCUUCCUCCUCUCCAUGCUCAGUCCAACUCUGCCCAAGUGUGUCCUCCGUAACUUUGUCUCCAUGUCCCCCUCAUACCCUCAGCAUCUUGGUCUCUGACUCUUCGGUCCCUGACUCCGGAGUCUCUGAACAUCAUGGCAGUAACUGUCGCUACUGUCCUGUGAAGCUGCUGCUCUGACUUCACUCUCCACCCUGCUGCACUCUCUUCUUCACUUCCUUCACGUGAACCUGAAGUCAUCACCUCCGCUCCUCCCUCUCAUUCACACACAGCACAAUUUUACACACCUUUGAUUCUUUUUUUCGAGGGAAUUACAAAGGAUAUUUAAUUAAAUAAUUCCGUCUAAAGUUUUUUUUUCCAAGUAUUAUUUUUCUCCAAAUAAUAAUAAUAGUAACAGAAUACAACAAAUAAGAAGAAACUGGAGUUGCAUGAAACAGAAUGUUUUAACAUUUAUGUUUAUUUUAAUACUUUUACUGAUGAUGUCAUCAUUUUUAUCCUGUUCCUCUGAAACUAUUUUUUUUCAUAUCCAGUUUUCAACCGCUAACAAUGCUAACCGUUAGCUAACCAUUAGCUCCUCUAGCACCACAGUCUCUGUCUCAUCGGAUCAACAUCCGCCCUGUUUUCUUUACUCCACUGACGGUUCUGUUGAAUUCAUUUGCCAACCCUCGUGGCGGGUCAGUGACCUCGCCGCCCGACUGGCUCUCAGUGCUCAAUUUGCCUGAUCAAUAACCGCCGGGUCGAUACGCGCAUCACUUCAGCGAGUACAUCAGCUGCUCUUCCUCAGCAGAGUCUAAGUGGACCCGUGUGAGUCUCAGCAGGAAUCAGCCGCAGCUGCUGUGCUUGUUAGCCUGCCUGUGCUGAAGCCAUCUGAGCAAGUCCACAGCAGGUGUGAGCAGGUUGCGGGUUCGAAUCCAGCUUGAGUCAGCUCUGAGUCCUUCAGACCUCAUGCGUCCUCCAUGUGGCUUGGUGGGGUUUUUACUGAGCAUUCGGAUUUCCUCCCUUGGUUCCAAUCGAUGUGGAGGUCGGACGAUGACUGCAGUCUGGAGCAUCCGAAAAAUGAGGAAAUUAUUUUGUGCAUUUGUUUUAGAUAAUAAAAUUCAGUUCAAUUUUCAUUUGUUUUAAUAUAAAAGAUGCUUGUGAAUUUAAAUGUAUAUAUACAAUGUAGAUCCAGGAACAUCUGCGGAGCUCCUCGCUCUCCUCCUCCCUCCCUCCUUUUCGCCGGCGCAACCACAACUGAGCCUGACACAAUUGAAAAACCUUUUCAUGUGAAAAACUCAGCCCAGAGAAACAUGCGUGAAAUAAUUCCGCCGACUCAGCGCCACGGCAGCACGCGGAAGUAAUUGGAGAGUUGAAGGAACAUAAGAGCCCGAUGACCGGCGUGUGGAGAUUGAGCGGGUCAGCAGCCGCAGAUCCACUCAGCUGAUAUUAAAAAAAAGCUUGGCUGUGUGAGUCUCAUGCGAGGAGUAGUGGGCCGCAGCAGGCGGAGUCGUGCUCACACACACCAGACGCCACGUCUAUUCUUGUCCACAAUUACGUCCCGUGGCCGUAAAUCUUUGUCAUUUAAAUUGUGCACGUUUUGACGGUCACUGUGAAGCUGGAAAUCGCUGCACCGAUGGCACUCCACCCUUCCUUCACUGGUGAACAAGACCCUGACAUUCGUGAGCGUUCCCUCCUGGACAGGACAUUCCACUGUGGUUACUCAAAAGGGACUGAUCCUCAUCCUGCUCCCUAAUAGAGACCAUCUCAUGGAGGAGAAUCGGGGCUCACUGCGGCGCCGCUCUUCCUGCCAUGGCCACACGGAGGUCCUCAGAAGAGAGGAGUGUUGCACACUCUCUCUCAUCUCACCACAUCGGUCCACACAAAGGCAGAGCAGGAGGGAGGUCUUCCUUUAAUCGUCUCAGUCUCCCGCGGACGCCUCAUCCCCCACACUGCUGCACGUGGCCAUUGCAGUCUGCUUCCUCCACUGCCCUCCUCACGUCCUCGGAUGAGACUUGCACACAGUCCCUCACACACCAUGCGUGCAGCAGUUGCAGCUCAGUGCUUUAACAGACCGGAGAAUAUUCCAAUGUGUCCACUGAUCCUAAUGAGGAGGAAGCUUGAUUCAAAUGGAGGACUCACAAAGAGACAAUUAUGUGCUGCAUAAGGGGCACACACAUCCUUAUCCUUGUGAGGACCUCUCACUGUCAUAACCCUUUCCCCAGCCUCUCCCCUUAUACUAACCAUCCAAAACACAUGGCUCACCAGAACCAAAGUGAAACCCAGUUAGAAUGACCCAGUUAUUUUCAAGUCUAUAGCCUCAAUUUGAAGUGUGGAUUUGCGGGGUCCGGAUAUAGGUAUUUCUGACGCCAUCAUGGUCGGCUGACCAAUGGACAAAUAAAGCUGUCGCCGUCAUCACCAUGUGUCAACUGUAUAUAUUAAGCACUUUCUGUUUUAUAUGGUUAAUUUAUUAUUUAUUUUUACAUUAAAAGUUGCAAUGUUUUCUAUGCAGUGUUAGUUAUUAUUGUUAUUUAGUAGGUUUGUGUAUUUUCUUUUUAAAAAAAAAGGGCAAAUAUCGGUAUCGGCCCAAAAAGAAGAUGAACAGUGGACCCCCAUUUUCAAGAAUUGGUCCCCACAAGUACAGCUACACUGCUUCCCACACACAGAGAUUUGCAUUUCUGUGGAGGAAUUGUUCUGGCGCUUUUUUUUUUUUUGUUUUGUUUUGUUUUUAUCAGCAGCAGCUGACUAAUCCCAGUUCAGAGUGGACGAGAAUAAUCAGUCUUCGUCUGUUUGGGUGUGUGUGAUGCCUUUGUGUGUGCAUGUGUAAGCACUACACGUCUCUGCUUCGCUGCUGCUGGAGGAGAGCAGACAUCACAGAAAAUCAUUAUUUAAAAGCUACAAAUUCAUUUACAACCGCCAUAAACCUGGCCAGACUCAUGACCGUUCAGAGAGGCUGACCACAGUGACCGUCCGGGUGCGAUCUGUGAGACCAGUGCAUGUCGGGAUAAUCCCAAAAUCUCCACAUUCUUUAUCUUUUUUUUUUUUUUUUUUUUUAACAAUUAAUCUAUUUGAAGAAUUAUUGGAAAUGUUUAUUAUUAUUACUAUUUUAUUAUUAUUAUUAUUACUCUUAGUUGAUGUCUUUUUUUCAUAGUCUUUGCGAUAAAUAAAUUUUGAAGUGUCACGUAUAAUCCCAGUAUUCAUCAAUAUAGUCUUGUUAUUAUCCAAUAUUUCAAUAUCUCCAUGCUCUGUCAACUGGCCUUCAUGCUCGGCAGAACCACCUCGAACAGAUUGUGAAUAAAGUUCAGAUGUUGUUGCCGUGGAAACUUGGCGACUCACAAGCAGAUGUGUCUUUCGAACAUCUGUCUGAAUCCUAUGAUCCGUGAAGAAACCAUCACGAGGAACGAACAUGCGCCUGCGAACCCACAUCGACUGGCAGUAACUAGAGUUAAGUGACUCGAGUCGCUCGGAUCGUUGGGGUCAGACCAGCUCUGAUGCAGGGCUCCCUGUUAUCCCAGCAGUCACGUCGGAACAAGCGUUCCCCCCAUUCUGCUGGAGGAAGAUGGUCAGUCUGGGAGUGUGAUGAGGACGUCCAACCUGGUCCACUAUCACAGCAACUCGUGUCUGUGCUGCUCUUUUGUUCUUGAGUCACAGUGUUCACUGAGGUGCAUGAGUCAGCUUCACUUCCUGUGCUUCUUAGUGUCGUCUUAUUCUCUAGAUGACAUGAAGCGACAACUCAUGACUCAAUCUUUACUCGGCAUCUCUAAACGUCAGGGCCCUCUAGUGAUCAUAACUAUUCAUCAGUACACUAGCGUCAUACAGUGUUGUGGGAGGAAACUGGAGCUCCUGGAGGAAACUGUCUUCAUACUGAUCGCUCUCGAGUGGAUCAAUCCAGCUGGUGAGCGCCUUCACUUGCUGACCUCUCUUUUAGUCUGUGACCUUCCGUACUGGCUCCGGGGUCAUGAGGUCAAAUCCACACAACUUGUGACACAAUGUCGAGCACCUUCCACCUCCUGAACUCGAGCCCAUUUAUUGUGAUGCAGACAAUCGCUGCUUCCAUCCAUGACCUCUUGACCUUACAGAGUGUCAGUCACAUGAUCUUAGUGAAGUUCACAUCCAUUUUCACAGCCAUCUGAGUCCAUGUUCACAGCAAACGCAUUGGACGUGCUAGCAUGCUAACAGCAGACUGGAGCCAACGGUCCAACACUUGAACACACCACGAGGGGUCGGAGGACGCUCUAUGACUCGUAACUCUCAAGGUCCAGAGUUCUGAACGCUGAUGAUGUGUUUCUGUGCUGCACGGCAAGGAUGCAGCCGGAACACUUUGUUUUCGUCGUGUUUGUCUCUUGAUUUGCAUUUGUUUGCAUUAUUGUGUAUUAUUCAGGUCGAAUAUGUCAUCGACGAACAGUUGAGGAACAAACUGUCCCCUGUGUGUGUGUGUGUGUGUGGCUCUGCUGGGGAGGGUUGGGGGGUGUAUGUGUGCGAAAGAUAAAUCGAGCAUCUGUGUUUGACCCUGAAUAAUCCAUGCGCAUUCAUAUUCAGUGAAAAAGUGAAGCGUGUAAUUUUCACAGUAAGCUGCAGCUGAGCACACACACACACACACACGCACGUGUUAUGUUUUUAUGUUUUGUGGGGACAUUUCAUUGACUUUCAUGCUUUCCUCAGCCUCUCCCCCUAAACCUAACCAUCCAAAACAAAUGGUUAACCUUAACAAGGGCCUACGCUAAACUUAAAUUCAGUUACAAUGUCCCACAUACUUUGAAGUUUUAAUCCUCAAUGGUAGGCAUGGUCCCCACAAAUACCCUCCAAAUAGCAAAAGGUGCUCGCAAGGAGGAGUGCUUCCAAGAAAUGGUCCCAACAAGUAUAGCUCUACAAGUUCGCACACACUGCUCAGAGUCGUGCUUCACUAAACAAGUGCGAUUGGACUCGCUCCCAUUUGGUUGUUGGCACCGAAGAGCGAAAAUGUAAUCUGAGUCCAGUGGACAGACGCUGCGUCCAGAACACACACUCAUAAAGACAGUAGGUGAAGCACACAACAAGAACAGCUGUUGUGGAGACGAAGAGAACCUGCAGUUCAAAAUAGAUGCAGCGACUUUAUCACCAUUUCAAAGGACGAAACAAUAGAAACCAUGUAUUGCAAGUAAAACAUACGAGAAAAUACAUUUGAGUAAUAUUGGUUAAUAUUAUUGGUUAAUAAAGGUUAUAUAAACAAUGGGCAUCAGAAGAGUUGAAACUGAAUGAACAGAAAAUCCUAUCAGUUGAGGAGGAGGUGGGAGUGUUGAAUAGUGAGUCUUGAAUGUUUUUUUUGUUUUUCAUAUAUGAAAUAGUAAUAUCCCGAAUCAAUAGUGACAAAAGUUUGAUGCUGAAUAUGAUGAAUAUGUAUUUCUUAGGAGCCAACGGAACCUUGAUCAAAAUAUGAGUGAAUUACAUAUAUCAAAUAAGAAUGAAGUUGAGUAAAAAUGUAGCUACAAAGCCAAGGCCGUCAGUUUGUUUUGAGAGGAGGUGAGCAAGAUGACUGUAAUGGGUUGUAAUAUAGAGUCGGCUGCUAUAAAAGCAUCUCCCACACAGGGUUAUGACAUGUGUUAAGUCAAAUAUUUUACUGUUUUAGUUCUGUAAAUAUUUAUCUAUUCUCAUGAAUCCUUCUUUCGUGGGACUUUUUGUCCACUUGAGGCCACUGUAGCUCAAGCGCUACCUGCUUGAGCUGCUCAGGCUGAAAUAAACAUGGAAUAUUGUUUUGUUUCCACAUGACGGUUAAAGCUCUGGUUUGCUCUCGCGGCUUCUUUUCAUGUCCGUCUCUCUUGGGUGAAGCAGUCAUCUGCACAUCUUAUGUGCGAUGUCUGUAAAACUGAACAUACCCAGGAUUAUGUAAACGUACGGCUGCACAACGAUUGAGGUGAAAAAUAGGAGUAACAAAGCACACGAUAAACUGUUUGGCAAAGUAUCUGUCAUCAGUCUGAAAGUAAGAAAUGAAGUCACCUGUCGAGAGCCGGAACGUCUCAGAGGGACUCUCAAAGACUUGUUAAGGGCUGCAGCUCAACGAGUCGACAGUGAAAGAAUCAUGAGAACAAAAGAGGAGCAGCAACAGUCUCCUCCACCGAUCCUCUCAGUGGCACUGAAAAUAUCUGUCCUCGUUCGCAUCCUCAGAAGCGCUGGGGUUAUUUUUGCUCACCACAACUUUCAUGUUUGCAUUAGAGUGAUCAGAGCCAUCGCUGACGGCGCCGCCGUCUUCACGCCACAAAUUAUGCAAAUCCCGCCUAAGUAAAUGUUCCUCGCCGCUUCCCUUGUCUCCCAGCACGUCGCUUGUCCUCGCCGCUUCCAGUCUUCUGAAGGAGAAAAUGACUGCAGCGCGGGAAGAUGAUUCCUGUCAGCUGAUCGUCUUCACCUGCCUCCUCUGCUGUGAACACCUGAGGCUCUGACAGGUGGGCGGGGCUUCUCUGAGUCUGAGCAUGUUGUUGCCAUCGAGCGGGUCAACUUUACCCACACCUCACUAGUCCAGGAGACUUCCCGACACCUGCCUCCUCCUGCGGCAGCAGAGGUUCUCCUCUGAGUCUCUCCUAUGUCACAGAGCUUCUCUCUCUCAGAGAGUCCAGAUAUAGAAGCUCUUGUUCCCCGGGUCACUCCAAAACUGGUGACCACUGGUGAGAGGAGAAACCGAGUGCUCAGUGGAGGGCCUUGUCUCCUGGCUCAGCUCUUUCUCUACCACCUGAGGAGUCCUCGUGAAGAAACCCCCAGUGGUGUCAGACUUCAGGAGCUGAUCCUCAUCACUUGUGGAGAAGAAGUUUGUCUCUGGAGUUAUUUUGAGUGACUUCUACCUCAGCUUGCUGAAACUCAGACGACUUCCGUAAUCACUCCUUGAACUCGCGCUGACCAUCCCAACCCCCCACCCCCCCUGCCCCCAGGGCAGGCUGGGGGAAAAAAUUUCCACAUCUGCAAUCCUCGAUAGAUUAAAAGUUCCCCUCCGACUGUCUGUCGUCCUUCUCCUGUCUGAGUCCUUCCUUAUGUCUCUCCUCCGUCGUCCUUCGCUCUUCAUCCCGCCAUGAUGUCUACACUUCCUCCCCCGACUCUUUAAACUUCAAACUUUUAAAAAGGAAUUGAUUCCAGGGCUGGAAUACAGAUGUAUGCUCCCCCAGCAGGUCUCCUCCUGGAGAGCCUCGAUAUCAUCCAUGGAGCAGGCAAAGCACCUCUGCUCCGAGUCUCAGGUGGGUGACUGAGCGCCUCAUGUUGAUAUCUUCCAUCUGGAUCCCUCACUCAUUUUGAGUCUGUGGUACAAAUGCUACAAAUGGCUUUGAGCAACUGUCCCAGUGAUGACUGACAUUUUCUCAUUGAUAUUGUCAUCAGAAAAGUCACAGACUUCAUCCGAGGUGAAGUGAGCUUCACUUGUGACCCACUGUGAGAAGCUUAGUGACCAGUGAAGCACGGUUCUCCCUUACGUUCCUGUCUGAGGAGCAGAGGAAGAUCUCUGCUCCCUGGUGGCUGAAGGUUAGCAGGGUCUUUGCUCCGGUCCUGGUGGGCUGAAACGUUCCCUCUGCCUAUGUGACCUCUGACCCCUGAAAAUAGAACCCUGCUUGUUAAAGUUUCCCUUGGUUCGCCUGUUAAUUACCAGCGAACACACGGAUGACUCCAGCUUUUCUUUUUCUCCAGGAGGGAGAGUUGAGAAAGUUCCGUUUGCCUGGUAUUUUUAGAGCAAAAAUCUCAUGCUCAGUUGCUGCAGUACAGUCGCCGGUUUCAGUCCAACUCUAGGAAGCUCUCGGCUUGGAGAGCAAACAUGUUUUUCCUUGCUUCCUGUGGGCACUCUGGUUUCCUCCACUAGUGACACACACACUCGCUCCUGCCGACGAAUGUGCUGGGACCUAAACAAACUAGUGUUCCUCCCGGUGUUCUGCCGCUCUGUCUGAAGGUCGACCACAUCAUGAAACCAGAGGCUGCAUCACAACUUUACUCACACUGUCACCAUGUCAUUGGUCAAACAGAAAUCUUGAGAUUUUCGUCCAUGAGAGAUUUUCACUUUCAUUUGUCUGACUUUAAUCUUUGACUCGCUAUCUCGGCUCCAGGGAUUGUCUCUGUGGCACGCUAGGUUUUUGAAUAAACUGCAUGCUUGUGUGUGUGUGUGUGUGUGUGAGAGAGAGCGAGAGAGAGAGAGAGAGAGAAGGUGCUGCAGUUAUGCUGUAAGCCAGGCUGGAUCACAUCAGGUUUGCUGUGUAGAGCAGCGAUCAGAUGGAGAAUUUCAGCUGAAUAUGGCAACUCACACACACACACACACAGGAUUGAGUGCAAUUACAUCACUCACACACACUGUAGAUGUAUUCAGACAGCACUCCAGACAUAGUGGUGGGAGUUUGUGUGUGUGUGUACCAGGUUUAGCUAUACUUUUUUUUUUCUUUUUGCAGGUCCCCACAUGGUUAAGCCUGCAUCUGAGGGUUAACACUUUAAAAUAUAAAAAUAAAUGGGACAUCAUAACUGGAUUUCAGUUUGGUUCAGAGUCCUGGUUCAGGUGAACCAUGUGUUUUGGAUGGUCAGGUUUAGGAGGAGAGGCUGGGGAAAGGGUUAUGAGAGGUCCUCACAAGGACCACCUGCGUGCGUGUGAGCGGUGUCAGAGACAAGUGGCGGACCUCUGAAUCAUUCAUGAAGAAAAGAAAAUCAACAAACACGCUCCAGGAGACACCAUACGUUUGUUUUGUCCAAAAUAUACACAACAUACAGACACACACAACUCUCUCUCUUGGACGGAAACACACCUACCCUGAGAUUAACAAGCUAAUUACAAAUCCUCAAGAGCACAAACACGCUUGUCCAGCUCAGGAGCACACACGGACAAACACACAUGCAUGGAUGCCUCCAAAUAACACCUGAGUCAUGCAUCACUUCCCCAGAACUACACACACCAGCUUGUUCAUAUAGUGAGGCUCAGUGGAGGCAAACAACAAACCGGCCAGCAGUGACACACACCACUAACCCUGUCUGUCCCCUACACACACACACCUAUAAAGUGUGCUUGAAAUGGAGAAAUGGACUUUUCGUGUCACAGAGGAAACGGGAGGGUGACACGCAUUGUGAUGACAGAUGUGUGUCCCGUGUGUGUGUGUGUGUGGUGGUGGUGGGGGGUGCGACACCUUCGCUUGAGCUUUCAGCCCAUUAAAGAUGGAGGAGCCAUUUCCUCAAGCGUCCGGCUGGAGUCCGACACAGGUGCUGCCUCUAUUGUUGCCGUCCAGGAAGCUCAUCCUGAAGAUUCUCCUCCGACUGUGCGUGUGCCAGUCCAGGUUUGCGUGAAUAACUCAAGUGUCCUGACAUGUUAAUGCGCAGCUGGAAAUAGAAGACGGGGAGCGGAAUAAUCGCACACAGCUCACAGUUCACAGGGUUACGGCGGGAUUAGCGUGCGAGCCAGCGUGUGUGUGUGUGUGUGUAAAUAAGCACAUAUAUUACUGUAACGUUUGCGAUUCACCGGAAGAGUUAUAAUAAUAAGGGGGUUAAUGACGGAUUAGCGUGCACGUGUGUGCGGCCCGUGUGUUUACUUGCAUCAGCAUCUACUUCUUAUGAUAAAAGUUGUCGAGUCGGCACUUCUGCUGUUCGCCCCGUUACCGGAGAAUAAAGAAGUGUCUUCAGCAUAAACUCAUUAGCCGCCGCAGAAAGCGCUAGAAAACUUUAGAGCAGCGUUCGCUGAGGUGGGCGCCGCUUCUCCACUGCCGGGAAACAAGUUUGCUUCUGAGGUAACUAGUGUUUGCAUCGCUUUUACCUUUCAUUUGAGUAGAUGCAGUUUUUUGUCGCUAGUGAUGCUAACAGUUAGCAUUGUGGCUCUUCUUUAUGGUGAAAGAGAGUGGAGGCAUGCUAACAGCUAACACAUAGCAUGAGGGCAGGACCGUUUAAGAAAAGGCAAUUGAGUACAAGGAGUCGCAAACUGUCAAAGGAAACUUGCUAGUUCAGUAACAAAAAAGUAAUUAAAAGGCGCCAAUUUCAAGUUAGUGGUGACAAAAGAAGUAGAAGAAAAGAUGAUUGUACUGCUACAAUGGAGGCACAGCAGGGCGGUGAUGCGGAGAGAGGCAGACAGAGAAAUGAUUAAACAACCAGCAGCGCGUCGACAGAACUAGAAAAACAAAAAAAUGACAACGAAAAAGUUUCAAAAAUUCAUAAUACAUAGAGAAAGCAGAAUGUAGUGAAUGAAGUAUUCACUACGAGAUAACAAUAUAAAAGACACUGUUAACUUAUUAAGUUAAAAUCAAAUAAAAUAGUUAGAUUAGAUCAGAUUAGAGAAAAGCAGUAGAACCCGAAAAAUGAAUACAUUAAAAAUGAUAAAUAAAUAAAAUAAAAAAUACCACAAAAAUGCUGCAGUGAGAUCAAAGUCCAGCACUGUGUAAAAAGAAAAAAAAUAAAUCUCACAAUGUGGAAAACAUUUUGAAAAAACAACAUAAACAAAAGGUGACAAGACAUAAAACAUAAAACAAGUUAUUGAUGAGAUCCUUGCAUUGAAUAAGACAGAUGCACUGCAUACUAAAGAAUAUUAGUGGCAGUUGCACAGCUGCCUACCAGAAACAUGCAGCAUCAUUAAACAGAAAAGCAAAUUUGACAAAGAAAAAAACGAUGGACACCAUAUUUGGUGAAUGCAUUUGAGUCUCACAAGUGACAGAACAGUUGUGAAGUUAAAACACUGGGGAAAAAAGCAUCCGGAUGAGCUUCCUGAAAUCAUCUUCCUCAGACACAGAUGGAGGAACCUCUGCCUGGAGAAUGUCUCGUGGCAGGGUUGAAGUCAGUUGAAUGCUUAAGAGUCAGGGAUCAAAGGUCAGCGUUGUCCAGGCAGUCAAUGAUCCAGUUGAGUCCGAGAGCUCUUCUCUUUUCAUAUCAUGUGACGCCUAAAGAUCCACCUUAGCGAUGAUAUCAGCAGCAUUAAGGCGCCGCGUUCUGAGAGGCGGAGCCAGUCCGGUUCCAUCCGAGGUAGACGCUGGAUAAUCGACAAGGUCCGAUGGGGUUCCCUCGACAGGAAGAGGAGGAGAAGCUAGAAAACAGAUGAGAGGGAAUGAAGAGCUGUUACAAACAGGUUGAAUUCCCGGGAGGUUCAAAGGUUUCUGCAGAGGUGAACACAUGAACUGAGUCCAGCCACUCUCCGUGGAGGCUACUACUGUCCAGGUUCAUGUGUUCAUCAUGUGAUCAGACUGGACGGUUGCCAUGACGGCCGACAGGAGGGUGAUGGCAGGGGAUAAUGGAGCCCAGAUCAGCGAGUGGAUGAGAGGAUGUGCGUGAAUGUGUGAAUGGCGGCCGCAGUUAAUGGAUUGCAUGUCGGAUAAUUGAACUGGUGCAUGAAUAGUCGAGCCUGUGUCGGUAAUUACUGGUGCAUUAUGGGAUGUAGGCAGACCAGAUCGAUGGCAGCCGAACACACUCAUGCAGACUCACACCUGAGGUCGCACUCGCACGCACGUGAUGCACAAUUCUAAGGCCAACACUCACAGCGGGCAUUUGCACACUUGCCCACUGAGUUACCUUGUGGGGACCUCUCAUCGCCAUAACCCUUUCCCCAGCCUCUCCCCUUAAACCUAACCAUCCAAAACACAUGGCUAACCUUAACCAGCACUCUGAACCGAACUGAAAUCCAGUUAGAAUGACCCGGUUAUUUUGAAGCUUUAACCCUCAAACUGAGGCUUAACCUCGUGGGGGCAAAAAGGUCCCCACAAGUUGGUGUAUUUACAAGAAUUGGUUCCGACAAAUACAGCUAAACCAGGAACACACACACACUAAUCUUUCCUGCAGACGAAUGUCGGUGCAUUAACGGUCUGAAUAACAGACGUCCGUAAAUCAGAUUAGGCUGGACGUUAUCAGGAGGGGGUGGUGGGAGCAGGGAGUGGGGGGAGCGCCCCCUAUCUGAUGAAUGUUCUUCAUUUGUUAUCACAGAAUAAAAGGUCGGGCUUCACGCUGCUUCUCAAUCCACCGCUGCACAAUCUCCAGUGUGGAACUUUGAUUGAGCAGCGGCGAGACGAACGUCCAGCUACAUAAACACACACGCACACGAGCGCGGAGCGUCCAGUUGCACUGAUGUUGAGAACAAUAGUGGCUAAAGGAGACACAGUGGGUGGAGCGAGACAAAUGUCUCAGCCAAUGUUGACGUUUCAGAUAAAACAAACUAGACGAUGAGAAAUAAUCAUUGUCACACAAAAGAGCCCUGCUGUUGGUGACGGUCAAAAGCAGAAAUAAGGGGAAAAAAGUAAAGUAAAGUAAGUAAAAUAUAUAUAUAAAUUUAUAGAAAACAGUCAUUGACGUUAUGAAAAAGUGUGUAGACUCACAAAUAAAAUUAAAUUAGGUUGUUUGUAAAAAAAAAAAAAGUCAGCAGUUACAAAAAUAGAAAGUGACUUUCCUCUUUUUUCACUUGUGUAGAACACUUCCUGUCUUACCUCCCAAAAUCAAACAUAUGAAAAAACAGAACUCAGACAUCUCAGUAAGUGAGUUCAACAAAUUCUAAUAGAAAGGACAAAAUCCUUGAAAAAAUUCCAAUGCUUGGCCAUCGAAAAGACACAAUUGUUCUAACAUUUGGAUCAAAAUUUUAAAUAAUAACAAAAAAAGCAGCCAACAAAAAGAAAGACAAUAAAAGCAAGUAAAAGUGGCAGCCAGAAUAAAGCAGAGCGAUUGUCUCACCACAGUUGAUAUCUGUGUUUCACUGGUGUAAUCAGGCCGGACCAGGCGGGUGCUGACCCAGCGAGCCGCUGGCUGCUGGGAUUUAAAUGGAUUUCCGUGAGCAGCGGGACCAGCGGCCUGCUGCUCCGUUAUCUUGGCGAGGCGUCGGGAUGGGACCAUGCUCUCUUGUGCGGCAGGUGAUUACAGUCUAUUGUUUAUCAGCGUCCGGCCAGGCCGGUCGGGGUGGGAAGAGUCGUGUGGCGGCCACGUGACGGGUCUCACUGGGAUUGUUCAAGGCCAUGACAACGUGAAACGGGAGUCACCACCCGAGCUAACCCAGCUAUUGCCUUAUCUUUCGUUUGUUUGAAUAAAAUAACAUCAAAGUUAGGGAGGGAUCCGGAUGACAUUUUCAGGAAUGUGAAGGAACACAGGAUUCUCUUCUGGGAUUGAUCCGGAUCACCAUCUGGAUCCAGGAAUUUUCUUUGGGAGAAGGAGAUUUUUUUGUUAAUAUUCAACCUUUUUUUUGAAGAUAGGCAUUCAAUUAUAAAGAAAAAAAAAAAAAAUCUAGAAGAGAUGGCAGCUGAGACGACUCCGAAACAUUUUAAAUUGGUGUCACUCGGUACCUGAAGAUUUUUUUUUGUCUAACAAAUCAAAUGACAGUAAAAAUAAAUAACAAAAAUAAAAUCACUACUUUAAAUCUGAUUCAGCUUUAAACAGCGUUUAAUUGUAAUUCAUUUGGGUGAAAUGUUUGAACAAGUAUUAAAGACAAAAAAACAUUAGGACACAAAAUUACUCUACUGUAAUACUUGUUGCAAAAUGAUUCAAAUGCCCCUUUAUUGAUGUGAGAGACUUUUUUUCUGUUUCUGCAGAAAUUAAAACUUUAAACGAGUUAUUUUAAAUAUAAUUUUUUUAUGAACAAAUAAAACCAUACUUACAUUUUUGUGGGUUUGCACGUACAGUAUGUUUAUACUUGUAUGACUGCUAAAUCCACGUCACGACUGAUGUCCACAACAGGCUUUUAUUGCUCUUCGGAACAUAUUGGAGACACUGAAAACAAGCAGACAUAUAGAGAAUAAACAACGAGUUACCGUGUUCACCUUGUGACUGGGCAGCUCGUCUUUGCGGCUCUGAAGUUUCCAGCAAAUCCCCCUGAUUCACUUUGUCCCACUUCCGUUAAUGUUGCGUGAGAUUUAAACUUCAUCGAUCGGCACUUGGAACGACGGAAACAAUUCGAAAUAAAAUGAAGUUUCGUAUUGAACAUUCUAAGCGCUCUCAACAAAAACAAACAAGAGACCAUAUUAAAGACCAUAAAUGGGUUUCUAAAAUGAUUCCACUCCGGUGUCACCCAGAACAACUGGCCCCACCAGGGCCAGCAGGCGUCUGCCGGUCCAUGUUUUCCCUCCACCAUCCCCAGGUUGCGACACAUCUGUCUCCCUGCUGUGAGGGAAAGCUUCAUGAAUAUUGCGGUGCAGUUUGAUCCGUGAAGCGGCGCUGACCCGUAAACUCCAGGGUUUGUUGAGCAACAGAAACCACACGCACCCCGCUGGAUGAAAAAGUGCCAGUGUGUGAGGAUAUAAAGCUGAGAGACAGAGCGUCCGGCUCCUUGAACGCCUCCAUUAAGGAUGCAGCGGCGAAGAAAGCAACGAUUAAUUUGCUGUGGGGAAGCGCUGUGGGGCCACAGGGAGGCCGUUAAACAGGAAGCAGAUGGAUUAUAUGAUGCUCCAUUCCGGGGAUCCAUAACAAGCGCGGCACAAGAGUGUUUAUUCUGAGUUUACGACAUUUGCAGGAGAUUUGAGACGUGAUACCAAGGCCCCGUGCGCCUCACCCUCACACCCGCGCUCUCACCUGAUCAGGUGGGCAACUUCUUGCAGGAAAGGUUUGGGGGAUAAAUCGGUUAUUGGCUCAAUGGAAAGGUACAUACAGCACAUAUAGUCACUGUCUGCCGUAUGUACACAGGCACACACAUGCACAUGACUCCCCCCCCCGCUUCUUGGCAGGUUGGUUCCUGAAAACUUCAAGCCUUCAGUCUCCUUCUUUCAUGAGGCUUUUGAAGCUGCUCUACAGAGACCGUCCUGCUACUGUUUCCUUGAACCCGUUCCAGCGGAUUUACUUAAGUCCUGGAAGUUUGUUGUUUGCUCUUUGAAGUUUGUCGGGAUGGAAGCGAUCCCUGAAUGCACCACAUCUUUGUGUGGCAGAUGUUGCUGCGGGGGAGAGAGGAGGAGCCAACUUUAGUCUGGCGUUCUAACAUUCAGAUGUUUGAUGGGACAUAUAGGGUUUGCUGACCCGACCCUCAGAUCUCAGGGCAUAACUCUGUUAGAGUCAAGAGGGUCUGACAUGGGGGACCCCUCUUCACCAGGCCCCAUGGUAGCACUGCAGCUAAAUGUCAGAGGAGUAGGCGCCAGUCCAACCUGUCUGUGCGAGUCACACUACUUUCACGUAAGGCUGUAGCUCGUGACUCUGUGGCGCAAUGGAUAGCGCAUUGGACUUCUAGGUAUGUGAAGCCAUUCAAAGGUUGUGGGUUCGAGUCCCGCCAGAGUUGCUUUUAUAUAUGCAUGGCGUGAACAAUCUGUGGCAGGUUCGUCCAUGUGAAGAACAAUGUUCACUGGUCUUCACUGAGUCCAACAACUCUGGGUCAAACCCUUUCAAACAAGUGCCAACACUUAUAGCAGGUUGCAAUUCCAGCCUAAAAAAGUUCAUUGGUCAUCACUUAGUCCAACAACUCCGGUACUAGCCGGUGUUAAACCCUUUCAAACAAGUGUCAACAUUUCUCUAGCAGGUUGCAGCUCUAGCAUGUGGUGCAGUGGUUUGCAGAGGACUGGGUUUAACCAUCUUGACACCACUCUGUGCUUGCUCAGGCAAGAGUGAACCUCAUGACUCAUGAUCCUGGCCCAUAUUUCAGGGCUUUGGAACCAAGGAUUUAUCCUCCAGUUCUUGUAGGUUUCUCAGGCAAACUGUGAGAUGAAGCCCCGGUCUGCCUCAGGACCUUCUUCCAGUAGCUUGUGGCCAUGUCAUGGAUGCAUCAUGACUUGCACCUCACAGUCAGGCUGGACCUUUCUCCUACCUUAAGGUCAGGUCCCCUUCAGGCUCUGUUCUCAGAACGGUUCCAGUCCAGUUCCUGGAGCAGCUUGUUGCCAGGCGACGUCAGUUCCACUAUCGCCGCUCUCCUCUUUGGUCUGCAGCUACACCUUGGAUGGAGUUUUGGGCUCCUCAGCUUCAGAGAUCAGCUCCAGUUCUUGCUGUGUGAUUUUAACUUUUUGAGUCUUUAUCGCGGCUGCUCACACAUUCAGUUCCCGGAGACCAGUCGGGCAGAGUGGAGCGGAGUGGAGCUUGUCAUGCUGACUCCGAUGCCAAUUAUCCUGGUGAAGGCUUCUCCUGUUCUUCUGCAGUGUGUGUCUACUUUUCUGUCCCUCAGACAGCCGAGUCCCUGCAGACCCUCUGCUCCACUUUCAGCCGGAUGUGAACGCAGCUGAUGACAUUUACAGACCAAAAUUUACGAGCUUCAGUCUGCAGCUCUCCGUGGGUAGAUGUUCAGGUAUGACGUCAGAACGUGAACUGGAGAACCAGACUAUCAAACAGGAGAGAAGGUCCGAGCAUCCAAGACACGAGCAAGAGAAAUUCAGAGCGUGCGAUGGUGUUUCGUCAGCUGUGAACGUUGGAUGAAACAGGAUAUACGGAUCAUCAUGCUGCUGCAGAAAUGAACUCUAUUCUUUCUCACUAUGGAUGGAUGGAUGGAUGGAGGAAUGAAUGAAUGGAUGGAUGAUAGAUGGCUGCAUAAUGAAUUGAUGGUGAAUGAAGGAUGGAAACUGGAAGAUGGAUGACUGCAUCAGAAAGAGAAUGGCUGGGUGGAUGAAUGGAUCAAUGGAGAUAGACGAUAGAUACAGAAUGAAUGGAUGACUUUAAUGUGGGUUGAUGCUGAAUCAUUGAUGAACCAAGGCUGGAUGGAUGGACGUUAGAGCAAAGGUGAUGUGAUGGAUGUGUAAAUGAUGUUGGAUGGGUGAGGGAUGAAGGGAUCAAGAAUGCUGGAGGGGAGCAGCGAGUCAUCUGAUGUUCCUCUGGGACGUCUUUCACUCUGAUGCUUCAUGUCAGUGGAUGCCUUUGCUGUCACCAAAACACUCACAAGCUCACACAUGUCAUGUUUUUAUGUGUUGUGGGGACAUUCAUUGACUUUCAUGCUUUCGCCCCCUGAACCUAACCACCCAAAACACGAAUGAUACCCAAGUAUAUUAUAAACCCAGUUAUUAUACACUACUUUUACUGAGGUUUUAACCCUCUAAACCUUGUGAGGACAGACCAAAAUGUCUUCACAAAGCAAAAGGUCCACACAAGAAGGUGGCAUGUCAAGACUUGGUACUCACAAGCACGCACACACACAUACCCAGAUAGAGAUCUUCUUCCUUGUUGGCGUAGCUGCAGGUACAUGUCGGAAUCCUGAUUCAGCGGUAAUUGCGUAGCUCGGGGCUCGACUCGUCUCCCCUGGAGAGUCAACAACCUUCUUUGUGCCUUUGAUCUUAACCAGCCUCGUUAACAACCAUGGCAACCGCUGGGCUUCGGCGAGCGUUUUACCGCGGGGUCUUCGUUAUCGGACCGGGAGAGGGAGGCAGGCGGAGGAGGGAUGGGAGAACACAACGUCACCUCUGCAAGUACGAUCCCAGCUGGUGGAGCCGGCACUGCAGAGGCCCAACGUUGGAGUGUGUCCUUGUUAACGUGUCAUGCUGCUGCUGCUGCUGCUGCCCGGAGGCCGCUGACGUGACUGGAGCUCCAAUUUGAUUCCACGAAACUCAGGAAAUCCUGGAAUAUAGUGGACAAGGUUUGAGGAAUAUUAAUCCAUGGAGUCGGAUCAGACCAGAUGAGGGACGGCAAGAAGACCACAGAGCAGUUCACCAGGUUGGUAGACUUGAUUCACCGGCACUGAUCCACGUCCUUGUUGGACCUUCUUGAGAAAGACACUGUGAAACGGUUCACGUCAGGAGUCACCAUGGACGUCACCCUGCUCCUCCUCUUCCCUUUCUUCGCCACGGUGCUGUCCUCCCUGCCCACCAGCUUGCCCUCCAUGCUCUGCCCCAAACGCUGCACCUGCCAGAACCUGCUUCCGUCCUACACCGUCCUCUGUGCAAAGACGGGGCUCCUCUUCGUGCCCCCCAACAUCGACCGGCAGACGGCGGAGCUCCGGCUGAUGGACAACUUCAUUACCACGCUGCGGCACCGAGACUUUGCCAACAUGUCCAGUCUGAUCCAUCUGACGCUGAGCAGAAACACCAUCAGUCAGAUCAGACCGUACACCUUCGCAGACCUGCAGGACCUCCACGCGCUCCACCUGGACGCCAACCGCUUGACCACGCUGGACGAUUCGCACUUCCAAGGCCUGGUCAACCUGAGACACCUGAUCCUGGCCAACAACCAGCUGCACAGCAUCUCAGAAGGAGCCUUCCAGGACUUCCUGGAGACCCUGGAGGACUUGGAUCUGAGUUACAACAACCUGGUUGACAUCCCCUGGGAGACCAUUGCCCUGCUAGUCAGUGUCAACACGCUGAGUCUGGACCACAACCUCAUCGAGAGUGUUCCAGAGGGCAUCUUCUCCAACCUGCACAAACUGGCCAGACUGGACAUGACCUCCAACAAGCUGAAGAAGAUUCCCCCAGACCCACUCUUCAUGCGAAUCCCAGUCUACGCCAAGAUGAAGGGCUCUCCACUCACCGCGCUAGUGCUGAGCUUCGGAGGGAACCCCCUGCACUGUAACUGCGAGAUGAUGUGGCUGCGACGGCUGACGCGCGAGGACGACCUGGAGACCUGCGCUUCCCCGAGAGACUUGGCUGGGAAAUACUUCUGGACCAUCAGAGAGGAGGAGUUUGUCUGUGAGCCUCCCAUGAUCACGCGCCACACCUCAAAGAUGUUUGUGAUGGAAGGUCAGGAGGUCAGCCUCAGGUGUAAGUCCAUCGGCGACCCGGAGCCGUCCACGCACUGGGUCAGUCCGGACGGGAAGCUCAUCGGCAACACCUCCAGGACCAUUUGCUAUGAAAACGGCUCGCUGGACAUCUUGAAGGCCUCGGUGAAGGAUUCUGGAAAGUUCACAUGCAUCGCGUCCAACGCUGCUGGGGAGGCCACUGCGCCGGUAGAACUGGUCGUCAACCCCUCGCCUCACUAUGAUCCCAAACUGGAUCUGGAUCCGGGGCCGUCGGACAUCCCUACGUCCAUCAAGUCCAACGUCAGCGGGGGCCAGGCCCGCUCCGAUCAGCAGAGGGUCAGCGUCUCCGACCUGUCCUCCAGCUCUGCGACGAUAAGAUGGCCGCCUCAGAACCACAUACCUGGAGUCCGCAUGUAUCAGAUUCAGUACAACAGCUCCACGGACGACAUCCUCAUAUACAGGAUGAUCCCGGCCAACCAUAAGUACUUCCUGCUGAGCGACUUGGCUUCCUCCCGGGAUUACGAGUUGUGUGUCCUGGCAGUCUACGACGAUGGCAUCACCACGCUGACUGGCACCAAGCUGGUGGGUUGCGUGUCUUUCACCACCGAGUCGGAAUACGGACGAUGCCACUCCAUACGAGACCAGUUCCUCGGAGGCACCAUGAUCAUCAUCAUCGGCGGGAUCAUCGUGGCCUCAGUCCUCGUCUUCAUCUUCAUCCUCCUGAUGAAGUACAAGCUACACAGCAAUCACUACAAGCAGAAAGCCGCCGCUCGCCAGGCCAACGUCUGUUCUCAGACCAACGGUGGAGGAGGUGGGGGCGGAGUCGGUGGCGCUAACGUGCUCGCUCUGCCUCCCUCCUCCUCUCACUCAGGACCAGGUGCUCACAAGCACUCCCAACCGUCGUCGUCUGGGGACGGACUAGGGGCGGCGACGCUGAGAGGGACCACGGUGGUGGACUUGAACCCUGGCCACGACGAUGACGCCAUUUCCCAAUAACACACAAGGAACUCUGUCAUUCCACAGCCCAUAAAUCUUGAAGCCCAAACCAAUAAUCCACAUCCCUCCUCCUUUUUUAUUCUUUGCUGGUGCCUGGAGCCAAACUCUACUUUUCGCAGAGGAGCAGCUCUCAUCAUUGAUUUCUUCAUCUGAACUCUCACCUGGAAGAAGAGGAAGGUGUCGUCGCGUCAGUGGUCCAGACGCUUCAACCUGCUGCCUCCAGCAUCAGCAGGAGUCAAGUGAAGCCCAGCUCUGGACGCCAUCACGGCCCUGCUGAGCGCGGGUCUGGGUUAAAGGAUCCACGUCUGUUUCACUGGGAAACAGAGGACUCGUCUGAGACAGAAUCUGGUUUGGAUUUGAGGAGAAAAAGGACUCCAGGCUUCACUGCAGACGACACAGACUCUUCUUGUCUCCGGAUCACAGUCACAUGCCAAAGGAUUUCAAGUGGAAUGACAGCGGCACGGCAAAUAUGCAGACGUUCUGAAGCACAACGCUGUGAGAGCGAGGGGCAAACUUCAUGGUUGGCCUUGGACUAAAGCACAUCAUCUCGCGUGAAAUACUGAGAAACUCUUCUGGCACUUUACUCGUACGUUUCACCUCUUCUCUCUGUCUCCAUGAGUGACUGACGACUAUACUCUCCAGUACUAUCGAUCUUCUGGCUGUGCAACUCAAGUUUGCGGGAAUGUUUCACAGAAAGAGCAGCAAAACUGAAAGCACAUCUACGGAAUUCUUCGUCUCUGGAAGUGACCGAACUGUCCAAACCAACGGUGACCUUAAGUGUUCCUACUUCUCCCCGCCGGCGCUCGUGGUCACAUGUAUUUAGAAGAUCUGACCGGCAGGAAUGACACCGACCUCCCCAACACGUCCCCCUCACUUUGCUGUUCGACAGUGUCUGUGUUUGUAUGUGACAUUCACCCAGCAGUAUUCGAUGGUUUGAUACCCAUGAUGAAUUACUUUGAAUAUAAUGAAGAAACAAGAGAAAACAAAACCGUCAUAUGGGAAUUUUAUGCUUUCAUAAAUACAACUAUGUGGAUUUAUAAUGAAAUAAAAAAAGUAUUUUUCUUGGUAA